AUGGAAGAAGGCACUUAUCUUGCAAAGCCUACUGGAAUUCAGACAGCAUGGCUCUUGGCGACCCUAGGCUCAAAGAUGCACGCCAAAAAAUCAAUUAGAAAAGAGAUAUUGCAAAUCUCGAUUCCAGAAGUUUGUGAAGACCUAAUGAACAUAGGUCAGGAUAGAAAUAUUAGAUAUUCAUCUAGUAUCCUUUAUGGGAUCAGUCUAAUGUACAAGUCGAAGGUGAAUUAUUUCUUGAAUGAUAUUUCGUUGAUCAAAUCCCGAUUGACUAAAGACUUGUUUUUGAAAAGUAUUGCAACAAGCGAGGUAGCAAGUAAUAUGACACUUCUUGAGAUAGAUGGCCAACAAAACAAUGUCAAGACCAAAGGAGUUCAGCAUUUCUUACAGAAUGAUCCUUCUUUUGAUAUUAGCGUUGAUUUGGUUCCUCCUUUAGAUGUUGAUGAUUCCUUAUUUCAACAUUGCAAGAGAAGAAAAUUGGAGAUCAAACAAUUCGAUCAAGAUAUCUUCCCAAAUACUGCAUUUCACUAUUCAACCUUCGUAGAAAACUCCUUAGAAAAUGGACAGAUGAAUGAAUUUCAGGAUACACACCUUCAAACUAUUGAAAAUUUCAUGGAUCAAGAUUUGCAGUCAAUUGGAGAAUUGAGUGAUGAAGCGGAUGCGGACGCACCUUCAAGAAAAAGACAAAAGCCAAGAGGUCGCGGAUUCCUUACGGGCGAUGGAGCACGAGACGUAGAAUUGAGUUUUGAAUUUGAUCAUAAUGGGGACCUCGUGGCACGGGAUGGUUCAGAGGGAAAUGAUGGAGAUAUCACUGGUCUUGAAGAAUUUGAUUUAAAUGCAACACUUAGUUUCGAAGGGCCCGUAAUUGAACCAACGAUUGAUAAAACAAUAAACAACGAUGAAAACUUUCACCUAUCAACCACAGAUAACCAAACUAGCGUAACUCAAUUGCAGAUUAAUAAAGCUAAACCACAGAAAGAGAAAAGGGAAUUUCAUAACUUAUUCGUUGAUGCAACCAAUGAUUUGAAAAUAUCAAGCAAAACGAUGGCGAAAUCAGUUGAAAAUUACACACAAAGCAUGGAAGAGCUCUCUAAAUUAAGAAGAGACGCUAUGGCCGAAACAGUGGCUUACAAUGAUUUGUUAGAGGAAUUCAAUUCUCAGCAGACACCCUUUUUGAAUUAUGUGAAUAAGAUCAUUUUUAAAAAUAAGUUUUCAUUGCCAAAUCUAAAAUUACCUACAGUUAGUAGGAAUACUAAAUUAUCAGAUAACUCUUUGCUAGCUAUGAAUUCCAUCAUUAAAGAAAUUCAAUUGAUGUCCAGAGUUCCCAAUGAUGCAGACCACGAAUUAGGUAGGGAUGUUCAAGAAAGUACACUAGUUGAAGAGAAUCUUCUUAACCAACAAUACGAUUUCGAAUUAGAUGAUGCUGAGCGUGAACCACAUUCUAUAGAUCAGUCACGAACUGAUGUGUUUGAACUAUCCUUCAAUGAGCUAAAUGAAGACGAGCUAAGAAAUAGACUUACUUCAAAGAGUUCUCAACAUCCUCACCAUAGCAGCAGACUUGACGAUGAAAUCGAACACGAUUAUCGCCAGGAAGAUUUCUUAGAUCACCCACUAGAUGCAAAUGCAACACAGACGCAAACUGCAAAACUCAAUUACCAAAUAAUCAGGUUUUUGAACUUUUUGAAGGCAAGGCAUGACGUGAUCGGGGAGCCGUUUCAUCUGAAUCAAAUAGAAUUGAACAGAGUAACGGAAGGCUCGCAACUUUCUGUCGAAGGCAAUCACGAAGAAGAUGGUUUAACAAAAACCUAUUCGAAGAUCAAGUUCUCAGAUUUGAUUCCAAACAUGAUCACCAGUCAGGAAAGAGGAGAGGCAUCAAUCAAUAGAAAAUUAGCUGCAAAUUCGUUUUCAAGUAUCUUGGCUUUAGCGAGCAAAAGUCUCGUGAUGAUAGUCGUUCCCGACCAGCUUGGCGAAUUUCAGUUGUUGACUGGCGAUAAAAUUGAAAUUGUGGUGGAAGUGUGA